AUGCUGGCUCAUCUUGCCCAGGCCGCCGUGUUGGGGGUGGCCAACCUGGGCGGCGCGUGGCUGGGGAAGUGCCAGCCCCCGCCGUGCCCGGCAGCACCUCCGUGCCCAGCGGCGGCGGCCUGCCAGUGCCCGCCGGCGCCAGCUCUCACUUGCCCGCAGGUGAGCGUCACCUGCCCGGCAGCGGCGGCUGCGGAGGCCCUCACCUGCCCGGCGGUGCCGCCAGCGCCGCCGUGUCCGCCGGCCCCCGCGUGCCCUCCGUGCGACGGGGCGAGCGCGGGCGCGCCUGAGGCGGAGGGCCGGCACGAGUGCUGGCCCGAGACGCGUGUGGCGCUGAGCUUCGUGUGCGUGCUCGGCGGGCUGGCGGUCCUGGUCGGGUUCGUGCUGGGAACCUGCCUGGUGAACUACGGGGACCCCGAGUGGCACUGGCGGAUAGUGCUCGCAGGUCUGGUGUCCUCGGACUCCCGGGCCCUGAUAUUGACGCCGGAUGGUGACAUGUACAUCGAGGACUUCAAUGAGGCCGUGGCAGUGCGGUGGCUGGGGCCCAACAGUGAGGUCCCUGAAGGGAUCCCUCGGCAGCUGAUCUACCACUUCGGCGAGUUCCCGUCGGCGGCCACCCUCCGCCGGCUCAUGCAGGAGAGCGCCUACACCGCCGGCCUGGAGGACCAGCGGCGCGGGUUCGGCGUGGCCGUCUGGGGCGCUGUGGGGGCCGCGGAUGCUGCAGCGGGAGGGGCGGCCGCCGGCCCUGGCGGUGGCGCCGGCCGCGUAGCGGCGGGAGCUCCCGCCUUCGUGCCGGCGCAGCCGCCGGCGCCGGGGGCCCCCGGCGGCGGGGAGGACGAUGGCCCAGGUCCGGCAGCCCUCCAGGGGCGGAUGGGCGUGGGCCAGGACUUCAGGCCUCCCGCGCGGCCGACCGCACAGCCGGUGUCCGUCCACACGGUCCGCUGGGUGGCCGCCGAGAGCGUCGAGUACCCUGGCGGGGGCGUGAUCCGCGGAGACGACGUGGCCUUCCACGGCUCCGAGCUCGUGGCCGGCCGCAAGGGGGUGAUCGUGCUGAUGGGCGAGUCCGUGCU